AUGCCGACUACACCUAAAACUCUGGUCAGGCACAGCAUACCCUUUCUGCUACUGCUGUUCUGCGCAACUCGAUCUGAGACGAGAAGCUACUUACGACUCCACGCUAAUGGAUCGGAGACACAUUCUCUCAAGGAGAAAGGAGACGAUUUAUUUGCGUUAUACAGGGGCACCAUUUUGGCAAAUGAUUCUAAGCGGAAAAAGAUAGCAUACACUUGUGGUAGUGGCGAUCUCUGUGGAGGCGUUGGAGAUAGGCUUAAAGGCUUUGCAUCCACAUUUGUGUUGGCUCUCUUGCUCGAUGCUGAAUUUGUCGUCGAAUGGACAAGCCCGGUCCCAAUAGAUUCCUUUUUCAAAAUGCCUGUUAUGACAAAUGGCGAAGGCUUGAGAAAAUCAGCAAAGAACGCGACCACCUGGUCGUUGAUAGAUGCUCAUUCUAGUUCCAUGGAGCUUAAGAAGCUGCGCAUGAGCAACUUUCGAGAAUUGUGGAGAAGUAAUGACUUUAUUAGUAUACAUCUUAAUGGUGCUGUGUGGAACCAUUUUGUUAUGAAUGAGCAUCUAGUGGACAUCGGCGAUAAAUAUUCUCUGAAUAGGUUUAGCAAGCGGCAGCUCUUUGAGGUGGUCAUGAAAUAUUAUUUUUCUACUCCUAUGCCGGCUCUUCAAAAUUUCGUUGUGCGGGAAGCUGCAAAAUUUCGA